AUGAGCGCUGGCCAUGACGGGCUGCCAUCCUCUGAUGCCGCUCAGGCUUCCCAAGCUGCUCCAGCCGGCGCUAGCUCGGCCAGUGGACACUUGACCAAGAAGAUUCAGAAGGCACUGACAUUGAGGAUUGACUCUCAACAGUCAAGAGACGCACUGAAAUGUUUGUCUGGAUUCUUCAGCGAGAAUACUGUCCACAACCGGAGGAACUUACGAUCCUCCAUCGAGGGUGAGAACCUCUGUCUGCACAAGGAGUUUGUGCACGCAUUCGGAGCUCUGGAGAGCCAACUGGUGGGAUUGGAACGUUUGGUCGAUCGGCUGGAUGGGGCCGUGCAGCGUGCCAGCGACCAACUGAGAGCCAGCCGCUCCGAGACGCAGGCGAGUCUGGAGAAGGCAGCGGCAUUGCGCAAGGAGUCCAUGUCCAUCGAACUCAAGCAGCAGGUUUUGGACAAGUUCCUGACUCGGUUUCGCUUGUCAGAGGCAGACACGCAAGUUGUGCGUUCUGGAGACCGACCGUUGGACGACGACUUCUUUGCUGCAUUUGAAAGGCUAGAGCAGGUGCGUGCCAAUGCGCGCCACAUGCUGAGUACUAGUGGACAACAAACUUCUGGAGUCGAUAUUCUUCAUGAGACGUCCGAGGUGUUGGAGGCUUCCUACGAGCGAAUGUUUGUUUGGGUGCAACAACAGUGCCGCGGCUCAAGAGAUGCUGCCGUGGCAAAGAGCACGUCCGCGGAGCUGGAGACGCCUGCUGGGAACGUAUUAAAGCGGGUGCUGAAGCUAUUGAAGGAACGACCUGUGUAUUUCAACCAUUGCUGGCGCGACAUUGCGCGAGUCAGGAAGCAGGCGCUCCAGCACAGGUUCUUGGAGGCACUGACUCAGGGAGAUGCAUCCUGCGGGGCUCGGCCAAUCGAGCUUCAGGCUGGUGACCAAGUUCGCUACGUGAGCGACAUGCUGGCAUGGAUCCACGAAAAUGUUGCCACAGAGAGCGAAGCCGUCACAGCCCUGAUGGAGCCAGAGGCGAAGACUGGCAGCUCAGAGACGCACUCAGAUGCAGUUGAGGGCUCGACCGUCAUUGGGAUUGACGAGAUCCUUGACAUUGCAUUGGAAGGCGUUGCUGCAACACUUGUCGCCAAGACGAAGCAGGCCUUGCAGACCAACGUGGCGAUUGUUACAAUGUACAAAGUGGCCCAAGUGCUCUCGUUCUACGCGAAGACGAUUGAAGACAAACUUCGUCGAAGUGGCUCAGCGCUAGUUUCUACGUGUAUGGAUCUGCAUGCCCGAACGUACCAAAGCUUCCUGGACCUUUGGGAAGCACAGGCGCAAAAGCUUCGCCAGGGAGUUGCUGGGGUGUACGUCGCAGCUCUUUCUGCUCCGUCUUUCGUCUUGGAGGCCUCAAACACGUUGCAAGAAGUUCUGUCCAUUUAUGAGUUGGCUCCUGUUCCAGCUGGUGAGCGUGAGGCCGAUUUCUUGCCUGUGCUUUCUGCCGCAUUCGACCCCUUACUCAAUCAUUGCCAGCAAGUUGCAUCCAUGAUGGACACAGCAGAUGGACAUGUAUUUCUCAUCAACUGCGUGUGUGCCAUGCAGAUGCCCUUGCGGAAGCAUGACUUCACCAAUCAGCGACAAGAAAUGUAUACACUCUUCCUCGACGACCAGCUCAACCGACUAGUCGAAGGUCAGACCAAAGCCGUUCUGUCCAAAGUGGGUCUUGCUGAGCGUUUGAAGGCAUUGCGCGAGAAACUGCCGGAGACACCACUCAACUCGGUUCCUGAGUUGCACCCCGUCUCCCUUGCCACGACCCUGCGCUCCUUCUACAACUCCUUAUUCACGCUGGGUGGAGCAUUGUCCCUCCGACUGCUGGAGAGAAUCGACGACGCGACCUUGAGGGAAAAGGCCCGCAAAGGAGUAUCUGCACUCAUAGCUGCAGAGUACGAGGAGCUGUACACCGGGAUUGAAGCACUCGGCAUUGCCACGCACACGCCGAACCAGGUUCGAACAUUGCUUGAGGGAGUUUGA